AUGUUGCAAUCUUUAGAGGAGCAGGGAAAGCCAUCAUUAUCGCAACUAGUCGGAAAAGGCCGUCAAGUGAAGCUGGAGCCACCCUGUGAACUGUUAGAAAAUGGCGUACUUGAGCAUAUGGCACCUGCAAAUUCUUCAGUCCCCACUAAUAGUUGCCCAUUAUCAAUCAAAGUGCCUCUGGAUGAUCCCCCACCCGGAUUACCAGAGCCAAAAUCUGUUGUGACAUUGACUUGUGCUGGAAUUGCUUGUGUAGUGGAGGAUUUAGUGGAAGGUCCAUCUUACUCCGUAGAACGAGUUAAAGAUCCCAAAAUUCACAUGAAGGAUCGUGUUGUCAAGAUGGAGAACAUCCCACUGAUAUCGGAGUUGGAUGUCCUUGUUUCCAUAUUUCCAUAUGAGGAAGUCAACAAUUUGACACAUUACUACCAGAUGUUGGGCUUUGAUGGAUGUGUUAAAUUGUUUGUAGAAUUAGGGACUUACGUGGACUGGUCAGCAUCGGUCACCGAGGGAGCUUUUGUGGAGGAACUAGCUGCAGCAGAGAUGAGCGCUACUUGUCCUCAUGCGCCUCCUCCUAGAACUGAUUGGCAAAGGAUAGCUGAACAGGAGGGCAUGAAUGGUAGGUGGCUCAUAAGCAUAUUUAAUCACUAUUCCUUGAAUUUCAUUUUUUAUACUCUAUUGUUUUGA